UGUUUGCCUUUUUUUGAGUUUCUCUUUUUUCCAAAGCGCUUCUCAUGGCGGUCAACGAGUCCGUAUAAUUAUCAUCGAAGAGCCACAAAGCUUGAAACAGAGAGAGAGAGAGACACACACACACACAGUGUCAGACAGAGCCAAACAAGAAGAAGCUGCGUGGUGUGUGGUAUGGGGAGGAUGGGAGGUAAUUCCAGAACUUACUCUGCUAAUUCCAGCGAUUAUAAGCUUUUGGAAGAGGUCGGAUACGGCGCCAGCGCUACUGUUUAUCGUGCGAUCUAUCUCCCUUUCAAUGAAGUCGUCGCCGUUAAAUGCUUGGAUCUUGAUCGUUGCAAUAACAAUUUUGAUGAAAUACGCAGGGAGACGCAAACAAUGCACUUGAUUGAUCAUCCUAAUGUUGUAAGGUCCUAUUGUUCAUUUGUCGUGGAACGGAACCUUUGGGUGAUCAUGCCAUUCAUGGCCGAGGGUUCUUGUCUACAUCUCAUGCAAAUUGCGUAUCCGGAUGGGUUCGAGGAGGCUGCAAUUGGUUCCGUUUUGAAGGAAACACUUAAGGCUUUGGUUUACCUUCAUAAACAAGGUCAUAUUCAUCGAGAUGUGAAGGCUGGAAACAUAUUACUUGAUACUAAUGGGAUGGUGAAGCUUGCAGACUUUGGUGUUUCGGCAUGCAUGUUUGAUGCAGGUGAUAGGCAAAGGUCGAGAAAUACUUUUGUAGGAACACCUUGCUGGAUGGCACCAGAGGUACUGCAACCAGGAAGUGGAUACAAUUCCAAGGCCGACAUUUGGUCAUUUGGUAUAACGGCAUUGGAGUUGGCACAUGGUCAUGCACCAUUUUCAAAAUAUCCUCCCAUGAAGGUUCUCCUUAUGACCAUACAGAAUGCCCCUCCCGGACUUGAUUAUGAUCGCGAUAAAAAAUUCUCCAAGUCUUUUAAAGAAAUGGUUGCAAUGUGCCUCGUAAAAGAUCAAACAAAGAGACCAACAGCAGAAAAAUUGUUGAAACACUCCUUUUUCAAGACUGCAAAACCUCCGGAGAUUUCUCUUAAGAAAUUGUUUACAGAUCUGCCACCACUUUGGAAUCGUGUAAAAGCUCUCCAGCUUAAAGAUGCAGCACAAUUGGCUUUGAAGAAAAUGCCUUCAGCAGAGCAAGAGGCAAUGUCACAGAGUGAGUACCAACGAGGGGUUAGUGCUUGGAACUUUGACGUUGAGGAUUUAAAAGCUCAAGCGUCCAUGGUGCGGGAUGAUGAUGAUGAUGACAACGACGAUGAUUUUUCAGAAAUGAUUGACGAAGACGGAAAGUCAAAAGCCUUUAGUUAUAAGGUUGCAACUGAUUGGAAAUCCAGUUUAGGAAAGUUGAAGGAAAAUAAUGAACCACCUUGGACUGAUUGCAAAAGUAAAAUAAAUGGUGAUGAGUCACAACAGGCUGAAUGUGCAAACAGAAAGGGCAAGCUUCUUGAAAGCGAUCUAUUGGAAUCUGGCGGUCAACAAGUGACAGAUUGGACGAAAACUGGACCAAGCUCUGAAGCAACAGCUUCUACAUCAGAAACAGACAUGGUACAGCCCAAGUCUAAAACGGUAGCUGUUAAAAGUCGUCAGACGCGUAGUGGCCCACUCACACCUGGUGCUGUGCUUAAUCAUUCCUUAUCAGAGGCCAGAUAUAUUUUUGAAAAGAAUAAUAACGAAAAUCAAUCAGCUGUCGAGAAAGCUAAAAGUGAAGUACGACGAACACCAAGCUUUAGUGGUCCAUUGAUGCUUCCAAAUCGAGCUUCAGCAAAUAGUUUAUCAGCUCCUAUAAAAUCUUCAGGAGGAUAUAGAGAUUCUUUCGAUGACAAGUCAAAGGCUAAUCUCGUGCAAAUAAAAGGACGGUUCUCAGUGACAUCAGAAAAUUUAGAUCUUGUUAAGGAUAUUCCAUCAAGUACUGUAGUACGUCGCUCUUCACAGGGAUCGCCUCUUAGAAAGUCUGCAAGCGUUGGUGAUUGGGUAUUUGAAUCUAGGCAAAUGCCCGUCAUUUCUUCUCCCAAGGAGUUGAACAACAGCUGCAACGUUCCUGCGUCACUUCUACCUCACCUUCAUAAUCUUUUUCAGCAGUUGUCAAUUCAGCAGGAUAUUAUUGGGAAUUUGCUGAGUAUAUUACAACCAGCUGAGGCAGUAGAGGCUACCCAAAAUGGAAAGUUGCCUCCCCUGCCCCGCAGUUCUGAGAACAAUGGAAAUGUGGAACCUGCAGGUUCUGAAAUGGAGCAGUUACUGCUCCUUAAGAUAUCGGAGCUUCAAUCAAGGAUGAACAACUUGAAUGAGGAGCUGGGUGCUGAACAGAUGAGACACAUUCAAUUGGAACAGCAGCUAAAUGCUGUAUCUGAGCAAGAAGAAAAUGGGGACAAAAGAUAAUAGGUGCAGGGUGCCUGAAAACCCGUACUUGUGAUUAGUGUAAAGUGGAUCCACUAUGUACAUCCGAGCAAGAACUGUAAAUCACACAGAAUCUGUUCUCCACCAUUUUUUCGAUCAUGGCGAAUGGGAAUUGUGUAUGGCGAAUGGGAAUUCACAUGGAUCAUGCUUUAUUUGAAUUGAAAAAAAUAGGGCCUCUGCAGUGAUCCAACUCAGGCUGGCGGUCAUAUUUGUUUCAGUAGACAUAAGCAUAUAGCCAGACUCAAAAGAAAGAAGCUAUAUUUAUACAAUAGGGUUGUGAUUUGUAUACCAUUGUUAUUUGAAACCUUUAAGUAUUGUGUCAUUAUUUUUCCCCAAACUGGAUCAGUGAGCUUGUAUAUGAUGUCGGUAGAACAGAACAGAUUGUUUGUUCAUUA